AUGGCGCCCAAGGUUUCCAAGGCUGAAAAGAAAAUCUUGUACGACUCAAAGCUAUGCCAGCUUCUGGACGACUACACGCAGAUUCUGGUGGCGGCGGCCGACAACGUCGGAUCGACCCAGCUGCAGAACAUUCGGAAGGGUCUGAGGGGUGAUUCUGUGGUUCUGAUGGGUAAAAACACCAUGAUGAAGAGGAGUAUUAGGAUUCACUCUGAAAAGACUGGCAACACGGCCAUUCUUAAUCUAAUUCCCCUUCUUGUUGGAAAUGUUGGAUUGAUCUUUACUAAGGGUGACUUGAAGGAAGUUAGCGAGGAGGUUGCUAAGUACAAGGUUGGAGCUCCAGCUCGUGUUGGUCUAGUCGCUCCUGUAGAUGUUGUUGUCCCACCUGGCAACACUGGACUUGAUCCAUCCCAGACUUCUUUCUUCCAGGUUCUCAACAUUCCAACAAAGAUUAACAAGGGUACUGUAGAAAUUAUCACUCCUGUCGAGCUUAUCAAGAAGGGCGACAAAGUGGGUUCUUCUGAAGCUGCUUUGCUUGCAAAACUUGGAAUCAGGCCCUUCUCUUACGGUCUCGUUGUCCUCUCGGCUUAUGACAAUGGAUCUGUUUUCAGCCCUGAGGUGCUUGAUUUGACAGAAGACGACCUCAUUGAGAAGUUUGCAAUGGGAGUUUCCAUGGUUACGUCCUUGUCACUAGCCAUCUCAUACCCAACACUAGCAGCUGCACCUCACAUGUUCAUCAAUGCAUACAAGAAUGUUUUGGCAGUUGCAGUUGAAACUGAUUACUCCUUCCCACUGGCAGAUAAAGUGAAGGAAUACCUUGAGGAUCCCACCAAGUUUGCAGUUGCAGCGGCUCCAGUUGCAGCUGAUGAUUCAGGUGCUGCACCUGCUGCUGCCAAGGAAGAGGAGAAGAAGGAUGAACCGGCUGAGGAAUCCGAUGACGACAUGGGCUUUGGUCUCUUUGACUAG